AAAAAAAAAAAAAAAAAAAAAAAAAGAAAAGAAUGGAUCCCGCUACGGUAAUAGCCACUUACAAAGAGAAUAUUCAGCCGUUGAGAUACGGACGUAAUGCCGCACAAUUGGGAACCGCGUUGAGGGCCCAGGAGGACGUGGAUGCGCAGCAGUUACUGUUGCAGGAAAAACAAAUGUACGAAGAGGCGAUCAAGAAUUAUCAGGGAGAUGAUCCUCUGGAAAAUUGGUACGAAUAUAUUCUCUGGGUUGAACAGAGUUAUCCAAAAAGCGGACACGAGUCCCAUAUUGGAAGAUUGUUGCAACAAUGUUUAACAAUAUUUGAAAAGGAAACGAAGUAUCAUCAAGAUCGUAGAUACAUACGUUUGUGGAUUAAUUAUAUAAGUAUGCAAAAGAAUCCUUUGGAGUUGUAUCAACUAUUGCACAGCAAUGGUAUUGGUACUAUGGUCGCGGAUAUGUACAGAGCCUGGGCGUUUGAAUUGGAGCAAAUUGAAGAUUAUAAACACGCGGAUGAGGUUUACUUGAUGGGAUUAUCCGCCCGAGCGGAACCAUUUGAAGAAUUGAACUAUGCGCACGAAAACUUUCAAUUGGCUGUGGCGCGCAAAACACUCGGACGAGUCGAAGAAAAGAACGAUGUUUCCUUGUUUGAGCAACGUCAGGCUUUUAGUUCGUUAAGAGCGAUAAGAGCUGGUAAAAAAGUCGGCAGUGUACGAACGGGUCAUCGAGUGCGUGAAUAUUAUCCAGGAACCGUACCGCAAAUCUCAACUUCUAUGCAAAACGCAAAGCCCAGUUCCAAAAUACAAAUAUAUCAAGAUGACAUACCUGGAGAAAUGAAGGGUUCUAGUAUAUUAGAUCACGUACCUAUAGAGGAUACGGUGCACAAGGAAAACACUCUCAAGCCUGGACCGUGGAAUAGUGGAAGCAGGAGGGGCCAAUUGAUUUCUCCUACUGUAAAAGCGGGCUUCAAAGUUCACGAAGAUCAGAAUGAUGAUGAUAAUUUAGAAAAAAUCAAAUUGUUUCCAAAUCACAUACCUUUUGCCGAUGGCAGUAAAUUCCAUGAUGCUUUAAGAGUGCCGGUAUACGUAGCUGAUCCAAUAGAUCCAAAUAUUAUACACAAACCACAUUAUCCCAAAGAGUUAGUCUAUGCUGAUAAUAUUGAUCGUAGUAUGGAGGAAAUUAGAGCGCAACUUUAUUUUGAAAGACAUAGAAAGGCACAACUUCUACAAAAUAAACACGAUAUGUCGAUGACUUGUAUACACGAAACCAAUGGAGAAUCCCAACUUAACAAUUACGAAAAUAUUUAUCAUUUGCAAGGAUUGGAAGAGCAGAAUAGAGAAGUUGAAAUCAAUAGACAAAGCUUUCAUGCUGAGCAGCAAGAAUUGCAGAGACAACAGUAUGAUGUCGAGAAUCAGAUCUUGGAAACUCAACGACAGGAAGCUGAGCGAAGAGAAAUGGAAAGGCUAGAGGCUGAAAGAAGAGAGGCCGAGAGAAUCGAGGCCGAAAGACUCAAAGCGCAACAAAGGAUGGAAGCAGAGAGACUCGAAGCCGAGAGACUCAAAGCCCAGCAACGAAUGGAAGCGGAGAGAAUCGAGGCCGAGAGGCUCGAAGCGCAACAACGGAUGGAAGCUGAAAGACUCGAAGCGCAACAACGGAUGGAAGCUGAAAGACGCGAAGCCGAAAGACUCAAAGCGCAGCAACGAAUGGAAGCAGAUAGAAUCGAAGCCGAGAGACUCGAAGCACAGCAAAGGAUGGAAGCCGAAUUGAGUACGCAACGAAAAUUACAAACGUCGAACUUUAUGCAUCAGCAUCACGCUUCAUCCGAAGAACAUUUGCUUGGACAAAGUCUCACGGCGAAUACGAAGGAAGCUAUGUCGGUUGUACAGAGUUUGUGGCAAUCUCCGGAAAUCACCACUUCGCGCUUUCGCAGUCCUCCUGUACCACCUAGAAUAAUAGAUUCGAGAACCAAGAUGUCAUUUGAUAUACACAUGGACGGUUCAAUGACUCAGCACGCAAUGACUAGUAACAAGCAUCAUCAAGGAUACAAUGUGCAAAUUUAUGAUGAUCAAGAGAAUCACCACAGUUAUCACAUGUCACAUCAUGGUUAUCAUACACAGGAACAGCAAGCUGUGUAUGCAAAUCAUGGCUUGCAAAACAGCUAUUAUCAGAUGCAGCAACAUCAUGAUCAUCAAGUGCAGCAACAACAUCACGACCAUCGAGUGCAGCAGCAACAUCAUGAGCAUCGAGUACAGCAGCAUCAUGAUCAUCGAGUGCAGCAACAUCAUGAUCAUCAAGUGCAGCAGUCCCAUCUCCAGCAACAUCAUCCUCAACAUCAUCAACAGAUGAUUUCACCGCAUCAGCAAAUGCACCCUGCACAUCAUUCUUCACUUCCUCACUCGCAGCAUUUGCAAUCGCCUCACAGUCACACUCAAAUGUUGCAUCAUCAGUCGCAUAUUCAUCACCAAUCUCCGCACAACCCGCAUAUAUUGCACUCUCAGCAACCUCAACAUGUGCACCAGCAUAUGCAACAUAUGCAACAUUCUGUUUACGGUAAUAUGUUGCCCAGUGAAAUCGGAUAUCAACAAUAUCCGACAUCAAUGGAGGCUCCUCCUAUGAUGCAACAAAAUAUGGAAUCGUCAAAACAAUUGCAUUUCUCGCCAUAUAACGAUACCGACGUUGAGACGAGCAGCAAACCAUACAGAAUGCCAUCCGAGUUACCGUAUAUCAAAUCACCCGGAAUGAAUCGCAAAGACAUCAAAUAUCUUGAAAGCGCGGAGGACAAGGAGAACGCUAUUGUCGUGGAUUAUAAUGGGCCGCUUGAGGAAAACAUGGUGCCCAAACUCGACGAAAAUAAUUUAUAUAUCGAUGAAAACUUGGGUGUAACUCCUCUCUCGCCCGCUAAUCAGACUUGUUACACGGAAGCCUUUAACACGCAACUAGCAAGCUCAACACCAAUGACUAAUCACUUUAAGCAAUCGUAUAGAAUAAAAGAUAAUCCGCAAUUUUCAAGUCAGGACUCCGUGUCUCAACCAAUUAUGGAAGCACCCGCUACUGCCGAAGGUGAUGACAAAUUAAGCGUAAUAAUGGAGUCCACUCGAGAAUAUGGUUCAAGCAGUUCAAGCAGCAGUAAUUACACCAGAACCACCGGAUUAACGUUCACGUUAACAAGAGAAGAUAUGGCUCCUAUUAAAGAGCAAUCUGUGGAUACGAUUUCAGAAGAGGAAUCAAACGAAUCCGUACUAUUUGCGAAUCCAUCUUACGACCAAAAGCUGCGCGCUCAAAUCCAAGCUGUUCAUGCUCAGAGUCCGCGAACGGUACAACGAAAUGUAGACCAAAUAACGUCUGAGAUAAAGAAUAAUUGUGAUUUGAGGAAAACCAUAAAUUUGAAACUCAAGGAAGAAACCGCUCCCUUCAAGGAGACAAAAGUCGACACUAUGGAAUGCGAGGAGAACGAACCUAUGGAACAGGUAGAGGAAGAGGAUUUCCAACUCCCUUCAAGAGAUAUAAAUCCCUUUGACAAAAACUUGAUAUCUGGCCUAUUGAAAAAGAUAAAGUUCCCACAACCCCAUCACGCAGAUGGAUACAUAAGAAUAGAUACCAAUCUAAACAAGUUCGUGCCUUCUACUAUGAUUACGCUCGGCACCGACGCGUAUGAUUUGGAAAAGUGCCUUGGGAAAGGAAUGUACGGAACAGUUUUCAAAGCAGUCAAUUUGCAAACAGGCGAAACCGUAGCUCUCAAAACACAAAGACCCGCCUGGGUUUGGGAAUAUUAUAUCGUACGAGAGAUAAAAACACGUCUUACAAAUCCACAUAUGUUACGCGGUUUUAUGGACGUUACAACGGCGUAUGUGGCCAACAACGGCAGUAUACUAGUUUCAGAAUAUUCCAAGUACGGAACGUUGUUGGGAGUGACAAAUCAGAUCAAGGUGGCUACUGGCAAGCCCUUGGUGGAGUGCAUAGCUAUUUUCUUCACAAUUGAGAUGAUUCAAAUUGUAGAGUACUUACACAAAUGCCAAAUCAUACAUGGGGAUAUAAAACCGGAUAAUUUUUUAUUAAUGCGACCACCAACAGAAGAUGCAAGACCUACUAUACAGUUGAUUGACUUCGGAUGUAGUAUAGACAUGAAGUUGUUACCGGAAAAUACAGUGUUUACGCAAGUUAUAAAAACUGAAGAUUUCACUUGUAUCGAGAUGCAAACUGGAAGACCUUGGACAUACCAGACUGAUUUGUACUGUUUAGCGGCAACCAGUCAUUGUUUGUUAUUUGGCAAUUACAUGAGAGUGACCAACGUAGGUGGUCGCUGGUUUAUUUCAUCGAAACUACCAAGAUAUGCUAAGAAAGAGGCUUGGGAACAGUUUUUCACGCAGCUGUUAAAUAUCGAGUCGUGCGAGAAAAUGCCGGAUCUGGCAAAACUGAGAAACGUUAUGGAGGAAACGCUAGGAAAAAUACCCGAGGUACAAGCGAAAUUUAGGAGUUUCGUCAACGUUCUCAACAAACGAUAACGCUUGCUGUAUUCAAUAUGUCUCGAUGUGUGCAUAUACGUAGUGAAGAACCAACGUGUAAUAAGGGACAUUAAUGUUAUUGUGCUAUUUAUUAUUUACAAAGUUAAAAGUAUAGUGAUAAAUUUAUGUAUCUACAUAAUUAUAUAAUAUACGAAAUGCACUUUUACGGCCUGCUUUGUGGAGGCUUCACCGAUAUUCGUUGCACAUAAUCAACAGUAGGAAAAACGUGCUGUGCAACGCGUUUAAUCCUUCAGAAAACUGUUUCAGAAAAAAAAAAAAAAAAGAGAGAGAGAGAGAGAGAGAGAAAGAAA